CUUAACGCCGAAGAAGACACGGCAGGCGUCAGUUCCUGGUUAGCGCAGAUGUCCACAAGACGUCUGGAAAGAGAAACUGGUGAAAACCGAGUCGGACUGCGAUGAGAUGGCUUGACGGAGCCGCAGGGCGUCGUGUUCAGAGCUCAGAGUAAAAGUCUGAGGAGCAGCCAUGGCCUGCGCUCGAGUGCCGCUGGACGAGCAACAGGUGACCGAGCCCGGCCCGUCAGGAAAGGAGCGCACUCUGCCGGCGCUGCACCCCGACAGAAAGGAGGAGCGCUGCUUCGUGCCUUAUACACCUCCGCCGGAGAACGGCUCACCUGCUGAGGUGGAGGAGUUUUUGGAGCGUGCCAAAUUUAUAGCCGAGGAUCUGGAGUGGCUGCUGGCACUGCCUCACGACAAGUUCUGGUGUCAGGUGGUGUUUGACGAGUCCCUGCAGAGGUGUCUCGACUCGUACCUGCACCAGGCUCCCCGCGGCCUUGACCUCGCCCCGCUGCCUCUGUCGCCAGCCGUGGCAGAUGUGCAGCGUGCCGUCCACAGGGCGGUUUUCCUCACCUUCCUCCGGAUGGCCACGCAUAAAGAAUCCAAGGAUCACUUCUUCACCCCGGCCGUGUUUGGGGAGAUUAUCUACGACAACUUCCUGUUUGACAUUCCCAAAAUUCUGGAUUUGUGUGUCCUCUUUGGAAAGGGCAACAGCCAGCUGCUGCAUAAAAUGAUAGAGAACAUUUUCACUCAGCAGCCAGCCUACUACAACGACCUGGAUGAGACGCUCCCCACAAUAUUACAGGUGUUUGACACGAUCCUCAACAAAUGCGGUCUGCGGUGUGAAGGAGCCGCGGCCAUGGAGCCGAUGAAGCUGAAUGCACAGAAGCAGCCCACUGCCAUGAGCAUGAACCUGGAGGAGCUUGCAGAUAUAAUUUUGUACCUGUGCGACUCGACCACCACCAUCCAUGCCUUCCUGGACACCUUCCCUGCCGCCUGCUCCAGCUUCCACUCCCACGGUUUCCUCAGCAGACUGCCGUCGUUCUACGAGGCUGUCGUCCCGGACUUUGAGAAAGCCAUCAGGAGGAGGAACUUUGACGAUAAAAGCCUGCAGGAAGACUUGUGGACGAGGCUGAGCCACUCCUGCCGGAAGGUGGUGGAGACUACUCACCUGUUGCUGCACCACACCUGCCUGCAGCCCAUCCUGGAGGGCCAAGAAAACAUGCACACGUUUGCAGAGGAACUUCUGCAAUAUUUCACAUCUUUUUUACCUGAGAAAAGGUUUUUGGUCGACUACGACGAGCAGUUUCCCCUCGCAGACGACAUCAGCCUCCUCCAACAAGCUCUGCCUGUCAUCGAUGAGACGAGGACGUCUUAUUUGCUCCAGGGGGUUGAAAGCGCCUGGGACAGCACGGGGCGACGGAGACCGCAGGGCCACCUUCAGAGCGCAGCAGCUUCCUCGUUGUCGGCCAAUCAGGGAGCAGCAGGCGGCGCGGCUGCCUCCUCAGACGGCUUCAGGCCUCAGCAGGUCGACGAGUCGAGGGGAGAAUCAGGAGAGCUGAGGGGGGCAGAGGCCAUGAUCAACGUCCCGCAGAGAGGGAACAACGGCGCGGUGUGUCCUGUGAGCGGCCCGGAGCUGGAGUCGCUCCUGUCCUGCAUCAGGGAUCUGCUUCCUGACCUGGGGGAAGGCUUCCUGUUGGCGUGUCUGCAGGAAUACGGCUACAACUCUGAGCUGGUCAUCAACAACAUCCUGGAGGACCGCCUGGCCCCCAACCUGGAGAAGCUGGACCGCACCAUGCCCAGACCAGUGAAGGAGGAGCUUCCUGCUGUUCUGAACAGCCGGUCCAACGUCUUCGACGACGACGAGUUUGACGUCUUCCGCAGGGAUCAGGUGGACAUGUCCCGCAUCUGGAAGGGCCGCAGGAAAGGCGAGGACCCCAGAGAGUUGCUGAACGACAAGCAGCACAUAGAGGAGCAGCGAGCUCGUUAUCGCACCUAUGAGACGGUGGUGGACGAAGUCGUGGUUGAAGCUGGGGAGCCCGCCGGCGACGCCUACGACCUGGACGCCUACGACGACGAGUACGACGACACCUACGACAUGAACCAGGUCGGCGCCAACGACCUGGACGGAGACAGCUUACUGAGCAGGAGACCUUUCACCGUCCCACAGGUACUGAGAAAAGGAACCAAAGCAGAGGUAGAGGAGGAGCAGGAAGAAGAUGAAGACGAAGAUGCUUCACAGAACCAGGUAAACCGGGACCAGUUCGUUCAGGACCCGGCUCUGCUGAGAGAGAGGGCCGAAGCGAGACGAGCCGCCAUGCAGCAGAAGAAGGGCGUUCGCCCUGAGCGCGCCGGUAACGUUGUGGGGCGACCCAAAGGCCAAGGCCAAACUCUGGAGACGUUCCUGGACCGACGCAAGAAGGAGGCCAACAAGAACCGCGUGGGGAACCACAACCGGCGCUCCAUGGCGGACCGCAAGAGGAACAAAGGGAUGAUUCCCUCCUGACCCCAACGACGGUCCUGGAGACGAGACGGACUGUGCGAUUCUGCUCAGACGCUGGUGGCGAGCCGCCCAGAAGGAAGCCGCGGGUUUUUUUGGUCGUUGGUUAACGAUUUAAUUUGUUUUCAAAACUCAUCUUUGACGUUUUUAGGCUUUGCGUUGAAAUAUUUUGAGGCGACCCAUAAGAUUUCCUUUCUUAGCGCGUUAAUGUGCUCCGAGUGCGAGACGGCGACAGAUUAGACUCGUCUUAUUUUUGAUUAUUGCCGAGUAACAAAUCCAUUUUAUUUUGACAUCACGGUGCAAAGAUGGAAACAGACAAAAGACGAAGGGUUUGGAAGAGGCGGCAGCUUCCUCUUCAUCUGGAAGAACCGCAACCAAAGGAUGGAGCGUGGACCCGAGCAGCCGGCGGAGCGGCUCCUCCAGUGCACCCUGAGCCCGGUCAGGGCCUCACGUCCAGUUCUGCUCACCAACAACACGACUCCAUGACGGUCUCUGGAAGCACGGCGGAAAGGAGGGAGAUCCUGCGUCGUGUUGCCACACAGAAAAACUCUUUUCUACACAGAGAGCCCGUCUAUAUGUCAGCAGUUUUGUAACAAAGCAAAUAAUUAAUAUUUUGGAAGGUGACAUAACAAAAAAAAAAGCUGAUAAUAAAUAAUGCAAUGUUUUAACAUCCUUCCAGUUUGAGUCAUCUAUCACAAAAUGCAUAGUUAAG